GUUAUCUUGACUUCUUAUCAUUACAUCGAGAUCUUCUCUUUACCAUUAAUCCUUUUCGUCGUACUUAACCCAUCCAAGAUGCGUUCAUUCCUCUCGUUUGCUGCCUUCGCGGCCUUCGUCUCUGCCUACCCUACGGCAGAAAGUGACAGUGUCUUCCCUCUACCAGACGGGUUCCCCAACCCAAGCGAUGAGCAACUUCUCAGUAUCGAGAAGGCAGCCUUCGGUACUUUGCCCAACGGUCCCCCACCCAGCCAGAUCAGCAACGAGGGUAUCACCAACCUGAAGCUCAUUGCCUUCAACGAGUUGUUCGAGGUUGAUUUCUUCACUCAGCUCAUUUCCAACAUUACCAACAAAGUCUCCGGCUACGACCUUGGGGACGGUCAGGACUACAUCCUCUCUUCCCUACAGGCCAUUGUUGCGCAAGAGGAACUACAUGCAUUGAGCGCCAACGGACCCCUCAAGGCCUUUGGCUUCGAAGAAAUUCAGCCUUGCAAGUACACCUUCCCAGUCGAUAGCUUCAGCUCUGCGAUCGCACUCGCGGGAACUUUCACCGAUGUCGUCCUUGGAACGCUACAAGAUGUCGACCAAAUCUUUGCACAGAACGGUGACAUUGGUCUUGUGCGCGUCAUUGCCUCGGUCAUUGGCAACGAAGGAGAGCAGGAAGGCUUCUUCCGCCUCACUCAAGGCAAACGCCCCAGCUCGCAGCCCUUCCUUACCACAUCAGUCCGCGACUUCGCCUUCACAGCCAUCCAGUCCUUCGUCGUUCCUGGAAGUUGCCCCAAUAUCGAUACCAUCCCCCUCAAGACCUUCAAACCCCUCAACGUCUUGACAUCGGACAUCUCCGCCGAAACUAAGGAAAUCCAGUUCUCGAUCAACAUCAGCGGAAUCGAGGACUGGAGCUCUCUCAGCCUUGUCUAUAUCAACCAGCAGAACGUCCCCAUCGUCGAGCCGCUCAGCAACACAUCGGUCGAGGGUGAGACUCUCACUUUCACUGCUCCAUUCCCAUAUGAGGAGAAUCUGCUCACUGGCCUCACGAUCGCUGCUGUGACCCAGGGCUCGGGACCGUUUGCCGAUGCCGAUGCAGUUGCACAGGCUGCUCUCUUUGGACCCGGAUUGAUUGAGGGCCCAUAAACCCUCUAUAUAUAUUUUCAUUCUAGCCUCAGAUCUGUUGCACCAGCCAUCAAGAUCACUGCAUAGAAGCCCCAUAAUUUUGCAUUCGAGCCUGCGAUAUAUUGCAUCAUCCAUCAAGAUCAUAGCAUAGAAGCCCGACUUUGCAAUCUGAUUUGUCGUUUAAUGCAUAGGGGGU